AUGGCCGGCAAAUCUCGAUUCACACGCCUCGAUGCUUUCGCGAAAACUGUUGAAGAUGCGCGGAUACGGACGAGAUCGGGAGGAGUGGUUACUAUAGCUGCAUUGCUUAUUGUUAUAUAUCUGGUUUGGGGCGAAUGGAAAGAUUAUCGACGAGUCGUCGUUCAGCCUGAGCUGAUCGUUGACAAGGGCAGAGGCGAGAGGAUGGAAAUCCACCUGAACAUGACCUUUCCAAACCUCCCCUGUGAACUGCUCACCCUGGAUGUCAUGGACGUAUCAGGCGAACUCCAGACAGAUGUGGAUCAUGGGGUUAACAAAGUCCGCCUCAGCUCUGCAGCAGAAGGCGGAAGAGUCAUUGACGUGACAGCAUUGGCCCUACAUAAGAAAGAGGACUCUCCCGCACAUCUCGACCCAAACUACUGUGGAGAUUGUUACGGUGUGCCUGCACCCUCCACCGCAAAGAAGCCAGGAUGCUGCAACACUUGUGAUGAAGUUCGUGAUGCCUACGCGGAGAAGAACUGGGCCUUUGGCCGCGGCGAGAACGUUGCCCAAUGUAUCGACGAAGGCUAUUCCCAGCGCAUUGACGAGCAACGACAUGAAGGAUGCCGCAUUGAAGGAAUUCUUCGUGUGAACAAGGUUGCAGGGAACUUCCAUAUUGCUCCCGGCCGUAGCUUGACAGCAGGAAAUUUCCAUGCCCACGAUUUAGACAACUAUUAUCAUACCCCGGUUCCACAUACUAUGACCCAUAUCAUACACAAGCUCCGGUUUGGACCCCAGCUUCCCGAAGAGCUCUAUAGCCGAUGGAAAUGGACACACCAGGAUACCAUUAACCCUCUUGACAAAUCCGAGCACAAGACUAAUGAAGUACGAUACAACUUCCUGUACUUUGUCAAGGUGGUGUCAACGUCAUAUCUACCACUUGGAUGGGAUCCCACCUUGUCAAGUGAGGCACAUUCCCAGGCUCACAGGGACAUUCCUCUGGGCAACCAUGGAGUCUUUUUUGGUUCCCAGGGAAGUAUUGAAACCCAUCAAUAUUCAGUUACUUCGCAUCAACGAUCACUCGAUGCAGAAGAUGCUUCCGCCGAUGGACACAAAGAGCGCCAACACGCUCGCGGCGGCAUUCCAUCUGUCAUGUUCAAUUAUGAGAUAUCUCCCAUGAAAGUGAUCAAUCGCGAAACUAGACCAAAAUCUCUCUCUGCGUUCUUUACUGGUGUCUGUGCUGUUAUUGGUGGUACAUUGACGGUGGCAGCCGCUGUCGACCGUUUGCUUUAUGAAGGAAGCUUGAGGGUUAAGAAGUUGCACAAGAGCUGA